AUGACAUCGCGCGACUACUACGCCGACUCGUACGCUCACUUUGGCAUUCACGAGGAGAUGCUCAAGGACGAAGUCCGAACACGCUCCUACCGCAACUCGAUUAUCAACAACCCACACUUGUUCAAGGACAAGAUCGUUCUUGAUGUCGGAUGCGGUACUGGUAUCCUCUGCAUGUUUGCUGCCAAGGCAGGUGCUAAGAAGGUCAUCGGUGUCGACAUGUCCAACAUCAUUGACCAGGCCAAGAUCAUCACAGAGGUGAAUGGAUUUAAGGACACCAUCACGCUCGUCAAGGGCAAACUCGAGGAGGUUGAUCUCGGCUUGGGACCCAACGGUAAAGUGGACAUUAUCAUCAGCGAGUGGAUGGGGUACUUCUUGUUGUACGAGAGCAUGCUCGACACGGUGCUGAUGGCGAGGGACAAGUACCUUGCACCGGGAGGAAUGAUGUUCCCCGACAAGGCCACCAUGUACCUCUCUGCCAUUGAGGACCAGGAGUACAAGGACGAGAAGAUCGGUUUCUGGGACGACGUUUACGGAUUCAACUACUCCUGCAUCAAGGACAUUGCACUACGCGAACCGCUCGUCGACACCGUCGACAUCAAGAGCGUAGUCUGCGACCCUUACCCCAUCAAACAGCUCGACCUGCUCACAAUCACAAAGGAAGAGUUGAGCUUCGAAUGCGACUUCACCCUCAACGCAACACGAGACGACUACGUGCACGCCUUCCUCGGUUGGUUCGACAUCAGCUUCGACGCCUGCCACAAGCCGGUGCAGUUCAGCACCGGUCCUCACUCGAGAUACACCCACUGGAAGCAGACCGUCUUCUACACCAAGGACGUUUUGGCGGUCAACCAGGGUGAUGCGAUUAGCGGCAAGCUGGUCUGCCGCCCCAACGAGAGGAACAACCGCGAUCUGGAUAUCACCAUCGACUACCAGGUUCAGGGCGCUACCGCUUCCUCGGGUCGUAUGGAGUACAAGAUGUCCUAA